CUUUCUUCGGUAACUGAAACAAUUCUGAGUUGCAGAGCUUUCUUUCAGUAAUUGUUUGCUUUGUUAAAGUAGAGCGAAAAUGAGUAUGGAGAGAUUGCAGAGGAUUUUCUCUGGUGCAAGUGGAAUGGGGCAUCCACCUUCCGAUGCUCCCCUCCUUGACUCCUCGGAGCAAGUUUACAUUUCGUCUCUUGCCCUUCUCAAGAUGCUCAAGCAUGGGAGAGCUGGAGUUCCUAUGGAAGUCAUGGGGUUGAUGCUUGGAGAGUUUGUUGACGAGUACACCGUCCGUGUUGUGGAUGUCUUCGCGAUGCCACAGAGUGGUACUGGUGUUAGUGUUGAGGCGGUUGAUCAUGUCUUCCAAACCAACAUGCUCGAUAUGCUCAAGCAGACUGGAAGACCAGAGAUGGUUGUGGGCUGGUACCAUUCACAUCCAGGUUUUGGCUGCUGGCUUUCUGGGGUAGACAUAAACACCCAACAGAGCUUUGAAGCUCUAAAUCAAAGAGCUGUUGCAGUAGUGGUAGAUCCAAUUCAGAGUGUUAAAGGGAAGGUGGUCAUUGAUGCCUUCCGCUUGAUCAACCCACAGACAAUGAUGCUUGGCCAAGAACCCCGCCAGACAACUUCCAACCUUGGGCAUCUAAACAAGCCGUCUAUUCAAGCUUUGAUCCAUGGGUUGAACCGGCAUUACUACUCAAUUGCUAUUAACUACAGGAAGAAUGAACUUGAGGAAAAAAUGUUACUGAACCUACACAAAAAGAAAUGGACUGAUGGCUUGACACUUCAACGGUUCGAUGACCACUCUAAAACCAAUGAGCAGACUGUGCAGGAAAUGCUGAACCUGGCCAUCAAGUACAACAAGGCAGUCCAAGAGGAGGAUGAGCUGCCGCCUGAAAAGCUUGCCAUUGCAAAUGUAGGCAGGCAGGAUGCCAAGAAGCACUUGGAAGAGCAUGUCUCCAACUUGAUGUCAUCAAAUAUAGUCCAGACUCUGGGGACCAUGUUAGAUACAGUUGUAUUCUAAUAUAUCAGUUGUGUGUCCUGGAUAGCAUGGCAAUCCCUUUUCGAUCUGCGCGUGGAGAUGGGUACCACCCCAGGAACGACUAGAGUUGAAGAAAACCAUUGAUUAAAUGAUACUGAAUUGUUCAGUUUCAGCAUGUAACUCAUUCUGAACUGUUCAGAGUAGGAGAUUACAUGAGCUUGUAGUUUUUAACCCCCAUAUAUUAUUCCAUUAGGUUCCAGAUUUUAUUCUUGUUUUUUUCUUCCCCCCAUUCUGUAUGAUUAUUUUUAAGGCAAAAUCACCAAUUCGUGGUUGUCUCUA